ACAUGCUAUCGCCGUCAUCAGCGCUAGACUUCGCUAAACUGCGCACGCCGUCUCCUCGAGCCUAGAGGUUUGUUUGCUGCUCCCCACGAUCCGUAUCCGACCUAUCGGGGCACCUAGAAAGCGGGCAGAUUUAAAUCCAAGUUGCCCUAGCUGGUUUUCGAGUGUUUUUUAGUAGAAUUCUCAAAAUCACCGAGUGGUUGCGUCCGAUCGGAAUUGCGCGCUUUUUAAGACCGAUGGCGGCCGCAGCACGGGGCGCCGAUGCUGACGUGGACGAUUACAUGGGCGAUCUGUCGGCGUUCUUACCGCCGGAAGACGCGACGAAGCUGCGCGAUGCGCAGCUGCAGCAGCAAAAGAAGCAGACGAAGCAGCACAAGGCUGCGCCACGUCAGCGGCCAGACGAUUGGAAGCGGCUGACGUGGCAGGAGCGGCGGCAGCAGGUGCGAGAGGAGAAGGAUAAGGCCGAGGCGGCGGUUUUAGCGGAGGGCCUCGCGGCGCCUAUACCGCCGUCCAACAUCGGCUUUAAGCUGCUGCAGAAGAUGGGGUUUAAGGGACGGGCGGAACCGAUAGGAGGGAAUAAUAGCGGGGAGCUGGAGGAGCGAGGGGGAAAGGAGGAGUUGAGAAGUGGAGAGAAGGCGGACGGACGGCAGCAGAGGCACUCAGAGUCGAGCGCUAAAGACUCGAGCACUAAAGAGUCGAGCACUAAAAAGUCGAGGUUCUCUUGGUUGUUGAACGAUCGUCUCAGGGAAGGCAGUGGUGGCGAAAGCCUUGCCGAGGCUCGUGAGGAAGCUAGUAUCGAGGACAGCAGAUCGCAGCCCGUUUGUACAGUGUAUGAAAGGGUAGAUCCGCCGUGUGCAGUACCCCAAGAGAAGUUUGCUAUAGCGAGACAGACACAAGCAUUGGUGAAACCAGGGGAACUAGCAGCACCCAUAGCAGCAACACAGAUCAAGAAACCGAUCGUAUGGAUCGAACCCGUGACCUUGAGCUUAAAGCGGGACAGAAAGGGUUUGGGAAAGGAAGAGGAGGAAGAGGAGGCGAAGCAGCAGGAGGCGCGGAGAGCGGAAGCGGCAGUGAGGAUGCGGAGGAGCGGGGAGGAAGCGUUAAAGAGAGUGUUUGAGGAGAGGAGGAAGGGUAGGUGGGGCGAGUGGAAGCUCAGAGGGGCGUUCAGGAAGGCACGGACGGCGCUGCUGCACUUGGAGUGGGGAGAUGAGUGGCUUAGGAGCAAGGCGGAGGAGAUUGGGGCUGCUUCCUCCUCUUCUGGUGCUGUUGGUGGUGCUGGUGGUUGUGCUGCUGGUGCUGCUGCUGGUGCUGCUGGUGGUGCUGGUGCUGCUGCUGGUGGUGCUGGUGGUGGAGGUGCUAAGUCUGGUGCUGGUGUUAUGGAGAGGGGGACUGGAGCUGGGAGGGGGAGGGAGAGGAUGAGGAGAGCGAGGAAGAGGAGGGUAGUGGCGGAGUGUGAUGCUCAUGAUGUGAGUGAUGAGGAGUGGGAGGAGGUGGAGGAGAGGAGAGAAGGUGCGAGGGAGGUGGAAGGAGGAGGAGCAGGGAAGGAAGGAGACGAGGGAGCCGAGGGAGGGGAGGCAGGGGAGGUGCCGCUCGAGGAGCUUGUAUCGGAGGAGCUGCUCCUGCUGCGACUGCAUCGCCUGCGUCACAGGCACUUCUACUGCAUACACUGUGGCUGCCAGUAUGAGAGUGAGGAAGCUCUGGCUAGCAUGUGUCCAGGGGAGGAGGAGGAGGACCACUGAAGGAACCCUAGUGGGGGGGGGUUUGCCCAUAGGCACGGGAAGAGGAGGCCCUUCAUGUCAUUGCUGGGGCUGGAGUGUGGGUGCGGCAGCUUUUCCCUAGAUGGAGUUGAUUUUGAGGCGCCUCAGAAGUUGUUUGGCCAUAGGUAGGGUGUUGGAAAUACCUCAAGGACUUCAGCGUUUCUGAAGUGUAACACCACACUCGAGGAAGAUCGUAACGUGUACGCGAGUCAACGGAGGUUACACGAGGGGAUGGACAAACAACACGAAAGGACUCGAAGGGUCGCAACUGGAGGUUGCGACUGACAGUUACAGCUGCAAAGAUGGUAACCGAAGCGACAAUCGAGUCGCUGUGCGACUUCGAUAAACCGCCUUUUUCAACUGUAUUUUACAACUGUUUUUCUUUCCUACUUUAUAUAUAUUGCUGUAUGCUUGUUCCUUUAAUCAAUCACUUGUUCUCAU